AUGCAGGCGAUGAGGCACGACCACGAUGCCGUAGUUGUGAAGUGCGAGGCCAAUUUGUCACGUCGUGAAGCGGCUGCAUUGUAUGAAGUAGAAGAAGGGCGAGGGAGGAGGUCGAGUCGGCAUCGGCAAUUCGUUGAUGAGACCAACGUCAUCAUCGAUGGAUACUCGACACCUGAUAACCCUUCCUGCGGGCCUCACCUUCCAGCUCAAGAUGAAUCUUCACCUAGCCAUGUCUCUCACUCACCAUCACAGCCGAUUCCUGGAGAAUUGAGCAUUGCCGAUCUUUUUACGCAGCGAAACCUGCCAGCUUCAGACAUACCAGCAAGCCCAAGCGGUAACCAUGAUCUACCUCCGCUCAUUCAGUCCCGGCGGUUUCAUUCAGUGUCCGGGCCUACGGCGACGAAUACACAAACUCAUCUAUACCCUUUCUUGCUAGGCCAGGCAAGAUCAAAGGACGCAACCCCGCAGCCAGUGCCACAAUUUCCAGUCACAACUGGGGAAAAAUUUCAACUUAUUUCCGCUUUUAUACAGGAGACAGGUACCUGGUGCGAGACAACUGACUCCCAAAUGCACUUCACCGUGAAAAGCAUUCACGAGAUGAUGAAGUCAUCCUCAUUUGUCGCUGCUGCGCUAUCACUCGCCUCCCGCCAACUAGAUUAUUUUCAUAUGCGACAAAAGCCCGUGACAUUAGAGCUUUACCAGUUUACCAUUCAGUUGCUCCUUGGCCAAGACCCCGUUCAAGCCGACACGUCCAUUUUGGCUACUUGUACUCUUCUCUGCGUUUACGAAAUGAUGGCCUCGCGAGUCGAAGAAUGGAGACGGCACUUGAAAGGCUGUGCGGGAUUUCUGCGGGCCCAAAGAUGGAAUGGGUCUAGCGAAGGCAUAGUGAAGGCGAGCUUCUGGGCCUUUGCUCGAAUUGAUGUGUGGGCAGCCUUCAAUAGCGGCAAAGCGACGUUAAUCCCAACAGAGUCUUGGGUAGACAAUAUGUGUAUUGAUUAUGUUCUGGCCAACGGAGACUUGGAUGAUUAUUGCAAUCUUGCGAACUUAAUCUUCGCUAAGAUUGUGAAUAUUCUCUCAACUUCCCAACAAUCUAGAAUAGAAACGAGGACAGCUGGAUUAAAAGCCUCCCUUUGCACCUUUUGGGACGAAAUGCAAAAGUGGUACCAGCUGCGACCAUCAGAGGUCUGUCCGCUGCUAAGAGAUUUCGCUCCCACAAAGGUUUUUCCAGAAGCGCUAUAUAUAAGAUCUGCUCCAAACUGCGGCAAUACAUUCUACCAUUCAGGCUGUAUGCUGCUUCUACAGACCGGCCUCGUUACGCAGGGACCGGAAAAUCUACAUACAUCAUCCCAACAAGAAAUCGGUAAUAUUAUCUGGCACGCACGGGAACUAGUCGGAAUCUCGAUUUCAAACCCAUCUCAUGCCAACUGGGUUAAUCAACUUCAACCGUUGUUCAUCGCCGGGACAGUAUUAGGAAGUUCCGUAGCCUUCCCAUCGGUCCGGGAUACUCUGUCCUUGUCCCCAGGUGAUGGACCGUCGGUCGCUGAAAAUCAUGAUUCAGAUGAGUUCUGUUCUGAAAAAAUCCUACUAUUAAAACAUCUAGCUAGAAUUGAGCGUGAGACGGGCUGGAAGACCUCGGAUCGGGCCGCUGAGCUAAGAAUGCUUUGGGGUUUUGUGUGA